AGCAGGAUUUGAGUCCAAAAGUCAUGGUCCAAAGGGACACAAGCAAGGCACGAGAUGCAGAACUGAACAGCACCAGUGAAUAUGUCCCAACAGUCUCCCUCAUCUCCUCCCCAGCUUUUGAAUACAAGAUGGGGCAAGCUCACUUACAAGGCUCUCUUCCCAUGAGACUCCUGCAUGUUCAAAUGUACACUGCUUCUGGGUGAGUGUGUCAGAUUUCACCUAUGGAAGCAAUGCUCCUCUGUCUCCAUCUCUGCCUCCUCCCCCUGUUUUGCUCCUCACCCUGAAUGGGUGAAAUACUCCCCCAUGCUCUUCCCCAAUGAGGUGCUACACUCCAUAGGAAGGGUGAUGAAGAGAGACAGUGGAUCUGCCUUCCCCCUCCCCAACAUCUGGAGUCAUAAGACUUCUUUGCCUCUGGCUCUGCGAUCCUCAAUCAUGUCAGAAAACAGAUAACCUAGGCGGUCCAGAAGGAUGUUAUGGUCGAUUGUAUCAAAAGCCGCUGAGAGAUCCAGCAGAACUCGGAAACAGCUAUCACCUUUGUCUCUAGCCCACCGGAGAUCAUCGACCAGCACGACCAAGGCAGUUUCAGUCCCAUGAUGAGGCCUGAAUCCCGACUGGAAGGGAUCCAAUUGGUCUGCUUCUUCCAGGUGUGCCUGGAGUUAUUCAGCAACUUUGGUUUUGGUCCUCCAACCAGCUACAAAUCCACCUAACAGUUACUUUGUUCAACCCACAUUUUGCCAGCUUCCUCACAAGAAUAACAUGGGGGACUUUCUCAAAAGAUGUUUGAUUUCUGUUUGAAUCCAAGGCUGCAGUUAUGGGGAAAGCAAGACUCCCUUGGGGCCUUCAUGCUGUGAACCCCUCCAUCACAGGCUCAGGUUGUAUAUAUGUUUAAUGAAACAUAUAACAUAAAGACCCCCCAGUUUCCACUGUGGUUCAUUCUAAAGGAAACACAAACCCAGAGAGCCCUGGAAUCUUGCAUUGCUCGGAGCUUGGGGUGGCAUGCACAAGAUGAUUGUCGUUCUGCUUAAGGAAGCAUUUUGUGGGGUUUGUUUUGGCCUUGGCAGAGGACAGGCAAUUCUGAGGCAUAUCGCUUUGUGGCACCAUGGUUGGUGAGUCCAUGGUGGGGUGAAACCUUGCCUUCAGUGAUGAACAGCUAUCUCCGGCUGUAGGAAAAUUGGGCCAAAACGUCCUUUGGCCUAGUUAGAAAAAUGGGCCAUUAGGAAAUUGCAAGGAAGGACCGUUCUGAGAGGGAUUAGCUGAGCUCUUUUGACUCUCUAAUCACCCUUCCAUGCUCAUCCCUCACCUGAAGUGUCCGGCAAAGACACCCAUGGUGACGCAGGGUACGCGUGAGUCCUUCAUGCCAUGGUAAAUGGGGGGGGGGCUGAGACAGGGAGGGGGCCAAAUCGCAGCCCAAUUAAGGGAUAAAACAUUUAAGGGCUUUGGGGAUCUUGUGCUCCAAGCUGGGUGCUUAAUCCACCUGGGGGGGUAGGUAUAUAAAUGAGUAUUUGUCCUGGACCCUGGCACAGACAAGCGGAUGGGAGAGACUGAGCGGUAGCGAGGGAAAGAGAGAGGAAAACAGAGAGCAACAGAGACAGAGAGAAUUUAUAGGAAAGAAAAAGCAAAAGGGAGGGAGUGGGACAGGGCAGCAAACAAGUGCAGGUGGAAGGUGGGAAAGAAGGCAGCAAAGGCCAUGACAGAAGCCUGGGAUGUGGCUGUAUUUGCUGCCCGCCGGCGCAAUGAAGAUGAUGAUACCACCAGAGACAGCUUGUUUACUUACACCAACAGCAACAAUACUCGGGGUGAGCCCAGCAACAGGGCAGCAGAAAUGGGGGGGGGUGUUGAAAGCCUAAAAUUGGGGAUUAGACAUGGGGGUGCACUGGGAUUUAGUUGAACCUUGAUAGAGCAGGUGAUGCAGCAAGGGGGGUGGUUAGUUGGUUACAAGCCUGUCUAGGGGACAAGUGUUCGAAAAGUGGAAUUUGCCCAAGGUUUUUUGGGAAAGGUUCUGGAAAGUUUUUGGGACUAGACAAGGAAGGGUUCUCAGCUGGUCCAGGUGGAGGUCUCUGUGUGCAACUAGAGAGAGGUGUGACCUUAUCCACUUUCCUGGUGUAUGACUUGUGAAGGGGAAGGACCCUGUACGGUCUGCAAGGGAAGGGACACUAAGAAAAUAUGGGAAGAUGCCUUCCCAAGUCUUGGUACAGUAGAUUCCUGAUGGAUUAUCUUGUGAGGCAGGCUGGGAUCCCUCCAACUCCUAACCUUUUCCCUCCUUCGCAGACCCUUUCGAAGGUCCAAACUAUCACAUUGCACCACGAUGGGUCUAUAACAUCACUUCUCUCUGGAUGAUCUUUGUGGUCGUUGCCUCAGUCUUCACUAAUGGUUUGGUAUUGGUGGCCACUGCCAAAUUCAAGAAGCUACGGCAUCCACUCAACUGGAUUUUGGUGAACUUGGCAAUAGCUGAUCUGGGUGAGACAGUUAUUGCCAGCACCAUCAGCGUCAUCAACCAGAUCUUUGGCUAUUUCAUUCUUGGUCAUCCCAUGUGUGUGUUGGAAGGAUACACCGUGUCUGCUUGUGGCAUAACAGCCCUCUGGUCUUUAGCCAUUAUCUCCUGGGAGCGUUGGGUUGUUGUCUGCAAGCCCUUUGGAAAUGUCAAGUUUGAUGCCAAAUUGGCCAUGGCUGGCAUUGUCUUCUCCUGGGUGUGGUCUUGUAUCUGGACAGCACCACCCAUCUUUGGCUGGAGUAGGUACUGGCCCCAUGGUCUGAAGACAUCAUGCGGUCCAGAUGUAUUCAGCGGCAGUGAGGACCCUGGAGUUCAGUCUUACAUGGUUGUGCUCAUGAUCACCUGUUGCUUCCUCCCACUGGCUGUCAUCAUUCUCUGCUACCUGCAAGUGUGGCUCGCUAUCCGUGCGGUUGCUGCCCAGCAGAAGGAGUCGGAAUCUACACAGAAAGCUGAGAGGGAAGUAUCAAGGAUGGUAGUGGUUAUGAUCAUCGCCUAUUGCUUCUGCUGGGGACCAUAUACGAUCUUUGCCUGCUUUGCUGCUGCCAACCCAGGCUAUGCCUUCCACCCCCUUGCAGCUGCCCUGCCUGCCUUCUUUGCAAAGAGCGCCACCAUCUACAACCCCAUUAUCUACGUCUUCAUGAACAGACAGUUCCGUAACUGCAUAUUGCAGCUCUUUGGCAAGAAGGUUGAUGAUGGCUCUGAGGUCUCCUCCACUUCCCGCACUGAAGUCUCCUCUGUCUCUAAUUCUUCUGUAUCGCCAUCAUAAGAGCCCCAUGCCUGGAUGGACACCGUGACAGAACUCUGCCUCCCAGGAGAGCCCCAGUGAUUGUGAGCCUCCCCUUCCUUCUGUGCCGUAUGGAUUCCCUUUGAGCAUAUGAAAUACUGGCCUGCCAUCUCAACAGAUCCUCUCCUUUCAACUUAGACUGUGCCCCAGGCUGGGGUACUGCUGUUUCUCCUGUGGUUGGGGGAGGGAAAUGUUUCUAUUUUUCUCCGAGAAUUGUUUUUGGAUGGGGGUGAAGGAUGCAGAAUUCCAUGCUCAAAUAUACCAGCAUUGUGCACCUUUCCUGGGACAUCAGGGGUUGCUUGGACACUCCUUCUCCUCAGCUGUGAUCCUUAAGUAGUCUCCCACUUGUUACUCUGUCUCCCAGAAGGGAGCAGAACUAAGGGGGCUCUUUGUGGGAAGUAUAUAGCUUUUGUAAAGCAACUCUGUCCAAAGCCCUUCCUUGAAACUGCCCCGAAGACCACAUAUCCCAAGUUCAACGCACUGAUUCCUGUGGAUGAAUGAGUUGGUGGAUGUGAACCAAUAUAAUUCACAAUUUGACCAUGCAGCACCUAUUUUGAUUCCCUUUGCUCUGUCCUUCCUAUAAAAAAAAAUAUCACUGGUACCAGAGAGUGCAUCACAGGGGUGGACAGGUGAAUAAAGUUUGUCCUCCAAGGUGUCUGUGCCUCAGCAAGGUUGGGUGUAUUGAGUUCUAGCUCUGUCUAGGAGCUGACGUAAUUCUAAUGUGGGACAGAACCACGGAGAAUCAGCACGAGCCACCUUGGACACCACUGAGGACUUAGUGCUUCUCCCCAACAUGGCUCAACUGGAACCUUUCUGUACAUAGUGUUUGAUACUAAAGCCUAUUGUGUCCCUGGGACAUCUAGCUAGAAAUGCAAUGGGGGAAAUGGGGGAAAAAACAAACAAAACUGACUGCAGCAAGAAGAAUGAGAUAGAGAAUAAAGAUUUUUAACUUCUGUAUAAAAGCUCAGUUUUUAUCCUACAAACUAUGUAACAAAACAGUGUUUGAUGCAUGGGAAGGGGGUGCAAUAGUUGCCAGAGUAAUAACUGUGGAGAGAGGAGAGUAGUUUUCGUUGCUUGCAGGUGCAAUCAAUCAAUCAAUCAAUCAAUCAAUCAAGACAACCAUGAGGCAA